AAUGCUGUGAAAAUCUUGUUUUUGGUGGUGGUGCAUUGCUCUUGAAGGGAUUUUUACAUUGCAACUUUGUAAAGAUUCAUCUUGUUGUUAGGUCUCAAAAGAAACUUCCACAUCCUCACCUAAUCCGGUUAUAAAUAAGCCCGAGAACCUUCAACUCUUGUCAUUCUCUUAGAAAUAGCCAGUUUGAGAGCAUUGUUAAAUUUCCAAGUCUGGUAAUUCUCCUGGGUUGGUGAACGAGCGUCCACAAUUUCAUAAUGAGAGCUAUACUGCUUACUCUGGUAGCGGCUGUCAUCGCCAGUUCGCAGGCCGUCAAAGUGACUGACCAAGUGUAUUUCGAUGUUUCGAUUGGCCAACAACCCGUCGGGAGAAUUAAAAUUGGUUUAUUUGGAGAGGUGGUUCCCAAUACUGUUCGGAACUUUGUUACCCUGUGCUCCCCAGGAGUGAAUGGCAAAUCGUACACUGGCUCAAUUUUCCAUCGAAUUAUCAAGGACUUCAUGAUUCAGGGGGGUGAUGUUAUUCAAGGAAAUGGCAGAGGGUCAACUAGCAUUUUCGGACAACAAUUCGAUGAUGAAAACUUUAUUCUUAAGCACACUGGACCUGGAAUUCUCAGUAUGGCAAACUCUGGACCCAACACAAAUGGUUGUCAAUUUUUUAUCACGACCGUUAAAACAAGUUGGCUGGAUAACAAACACGUAGUGUUUGGAAAGGUGAUUGAAGGAUUUGACGAGACUGUGAAAGUUAUCGAGGCCACACCAGUCAACUCGGAGGAUAAACCCUACGAAACUGUGACCGUAAAGCAGUGCGGCAUCCUCCCAUUGCCCAACGGACCUUAUGAACUCGACGUCGGAGCGGAUACAAGUUUUGCAAAGAACGGUUAAACACCAUCGCUCAUUGCACUGAAAGAAUGAGCACGAGAGACACCUUCGCAAAUAAGGAUACAAUUGGACAAUUUUGAAGCACAGAUGCACAAAAAUAUAUAUGCAAAACUAUACGCAAAAAGGUAAUGAACUCAUUCAUUAUCGAUGCUAGAAUGACGUAACAAAAAGUGCCAAGAGCAAAACCAAUAAAAAGCCAAACUAGUUGGAUCAGAUCAUAAAUAGAAGAUCAUUUUUAAACACGUCAUGGCUAGUGACUUAUUUAUUGGAUGAUGAGAUUAAGUUCGCUAACAAUGAUGUGAUAAUUUAACAAGUUUAAAAGUGUGCAGGUCAAAUGUUUUAAUUUCACAAUGUGUAUGUACGAUUAUUUUAACAGUUUUGCUAAUUAUAUAAUGUAAGUAACUAUUAAACCCCACAUUUAAGGAGAUGCGAAAA